AUGACUGUGACUUGGAAUCGACAAGCCAAGCGGUUCAAACUAUACAUGAAUUCAGUUCUAAAGAAAUCCCUGGUGUCAACUCACUCAAAUGUCGAUCUUUUGGACACUGGAGAGACCUUUUUCGAAAUUGGYGCAGAGGGCGGAGCAAGAUGGUUCAAAGGAUGGAUAAGUGACUUAGUUGCUAUAAAGCAAGAGUUAARACAAACCGAAGUUGAGAAUUUGAAAGAUGGACUCUAUUUUGGAGCAUGGAUUGGACUAAAUGAUAUCGACGAAGAAGGUAUCUUCAAGUGGUCAGACAACCAGCCGUUGACAUACAUGUCUGCAAUACAAAAUCAGCACUCUGACAAGGAUUGCGUGUAUUUGAGAAAGGGWAUUGGAUCAACUGUAGAUUGGAGCUUAGAGUCCUGUAAUGAAGUACAUCCAUUCAUUUGUGAAAAACGCUAGAUACAGCAAUGACGUUCAGGGCUGGGUUGUUCAAAGCCUGAUUAGCGCUAAUCCUGGGUUAACU